AUGGGAAGUCGAACUAGGCUGAAUCUCGACUUCAACUCGAUAAAACAAGUUCAACAACCAUUGUAAGUGACUAUUUUUAUUUAUAAUAAAAAAAACUUUCUUUACAAACCAAAAAAUGGCAAGAACUUUCCUUAGAAAACAAAAAACGGCAAGAACUUUCCUUACAAAACAUAGAGUGGCAAGAACUUUCUUUACAACACAAAAAACGGCAAGAACUUUCCUUACAAAACAUAGAGUGGCAAGAACUUUCUUUACAACACAAAAAAUGGCAAGAACUUUCUUUAGAAACCAAAAAAUGGCAAGAACUUUCUUUACAAAACAAAAAAUGGCAAAAACUUUCUUUACAAAACAUAAAAUGGCAAGAAUUUUCUUUACAGAGACAUAUUGACCACAACACCAGGCCAACUACAGUUCUCCCCAGAUGUAUCAUGUACAGUAACUGCCAGUGAUUUGGUCGAAAGCGCAGUUAUAGGACAAGGCAACUAUGGUGGUAUAGUGACGAGAAUGAUACAUAAAGACACUGGGAAUGUCAUGGCAGUUAAGGUAGGGGUGUUUUUGAGCGGGGGGGGAUGUGUUUUUGAAAAUUUUAAAAAAUAUAAAAAAAUUUAAAAAAAAAUUUUUUUUUGAAAUUUUAAAAAAUUAAUUUUUUUUAAUUGCCGUUUCAGAGAGUCAGAGCCAAUGGUAUAAACGCAGACGAGAGAGAAAAAAUGUUGAGAGAGUUGAAAAUCAUCAUUGAAGUACAAAAUUGCCCUGAUAUAGUACGCUUCUAUGGGGCACUGUUUCAGGAUGUAAGUUGUAAAGAAAGUUCUUGCUAUUUUUUGUUUUGUAAAGAAAGUUCUUGCCAUUUUUUGUUUUGUAAAGAAAGUUCUUGUAAAUUUUUUGUUUUGUAAAGAAACUUUUUGCCAUUUUUUGUUUUGUAAAGAAAGUUCUUGCUAUUUCCUGUUUUGUGAAGAAAGUUCUUGUAAUUUUUUGUUUUGUAAAGAAAGUUCUUACCAUUUUUUGUUUUGUAAAGAAAGUUCUUGCCAUUUUUUAGUUUGUAAAGAAAGUUUUUGUCAUUUUUUGCUUUGUAAAGAAAGUUCUUUCCAGGGUGAUUGCUGGAUCUGUAUGGAGCUGCUGGACUGUUCCCUCGACAAAUUCUACAAAGAAGUCUACAAAAACAACGAAAAGUUGCCAGAAGACGCUGUAGGCUUCGUCACAGCGUCCGUAGUACGAGCUUUAAGGUAUCUGAAGAAGGAGUUAAACAUUAUCCAUAGGGAUGUGAAGCCUUCGAACAUGUUAUUGGACCGAAAAGGCUAUGUCAAGCUGUGUGAUUUCGGUAUCAGCGGGUAUUUGGUGGAUUCCAUAGCCAAGACACAGGAUGUUGGGUGUCAGAUUUACAUGGCGGUAAGGGAUUUUGAUUGUAUUUGGGGCCGACAAUAACCCGCCAUGCUUUUUCUGUAAUUUCUUGUAAAAAAUGGCGGGUUCUUUAUCACUCACCGUAUAAUAGGGGUAGGUGAUAUAAAAGGGGAAACAUGGGUUUGGCGGACUGCGGGUGACAAGUUAUACGAUAAAUAACAUUUUGUUUUGAGUUUUGGAAUUAUAAGAUUUGUAAAGAAAGUUUUUGCCAUUAGGAGUUUGGAAAGGAAGUUUUUGCCAUUUUCUGUUUUGUAAAGAAAGUUCUUGCUUUUUCUUGUUUUGUAAAGAAAGUUGUUGCUAUUUUUAGCUAUGUAAAGAAAGUUCUUGCUAUUUUUUGUUCUGUAAACAAAGUUCUUGUCAUUUUCUAGCUAAUUGUUUCAUUUUCAGCCGGAACGUUUAUCAGAACGCCGUUAUGGGAUACGAUCAGAUAUCUGGUCGUUAGGUAUUUCACUUGUCGAGAUUUGUAUAGGCUACUUCCCUUAUAUUGGUUGGAAGACGGUGUUUGAUCAAUUACAGUCGGUUGUCAAUGGUGAUCCGCCCUACUUAACUGCUGGUUACUAUUCAGUCGAUUUAUGCGAUUUUGUUAAUCAGUGGUAAGUUUUUUUUGUAUGUAGUGUAGUAAUGUAAGAUUAAGUUGGGUAUAAAUGUUAAAUGGGGGGGGGGAGGGAGGAAGCUAACGUACUGUAAAAUGCAGUAAUGGUACUGUAGGGUAAGGUAGGUAGGGCAGUCUUCUUACUUAAGGGCGGGACAGUAUAAGAUAAAGUACGGUAGGGCAAGGCUAUUACUGUGGAGUAGGGUUGGUAUAGGUUACGGUAAGGGUAGGGUAGGGUAGGGUAGGGUAGGGUAGGGUAGGGUAGGGUAGGGUAGGGUAGGGUAGGGUAGGGCAGGGUAGGGUAGGGUAGGGUAGGGUAGGGUAGGGUAGGGUAGGGUGGGAUACAGGACGGUACAAUAAGGUACGAUAACGUAGUACAAGGCAUGGUAAGGUAAAGCAAUGUGGUUAAGGUACUGUAGGGUAAAAUACAGUACAAUAACAUACUGUAAUCUUAAUUCCAAGUUAGUAUUUAAAAACUUUUUUAGUUUGAUCAAAGACCCUCAACAUCGGCCGAACUUUGACCAGCUGACCGAACAUGUCUUUUUCAAAACUCACAAUCGUACUGACAUAGCAUCGUUAGCGCAACAACGUAUUGAGUUCGGUGCAUAUGUGGAGAAGUUUGUAGAAAAUGCACAAAAAUUGUAA